AUGAGCAACAACAAUAACGGAAUCACAACUGCUGUUAGUGGUAGACGUAAUCGUCCCGGCACUAAAAAGAAGGAACUCUUUGGCUGGGAAUCUAAAUCAUCAUCAUCAUCCGCUGACGAUACAACAAUGCAAGAGGAUUUUGAUAAUCCGUUUAUUGUUCAAGAAAUUAUACAAAAACAAAUUAGAAAAAGCUGUAAAAAAGUAAAAAGAUUAAUUUCCAUUCCAAAAUUCGGAAAGGUUGAUGAUGAAGGAAACGGAGAUGAAAAUGGAUCAUCAGAACAAUCAUCAGCUUCCAUUGAUAAAAACGUUUGGAUAUAUGAACAUAUGAGACAAUUUUUGUUGGAGAUCAAUUUGUUUAUUCUUGCUCACAAGGAUGUUUGUACAAAAGAAACACAACCAGAAAUGAAAAUUUCAUCAAAUAUGCUCAAUGUUAACGAGAGUGAGGAAUUAAUGUAUUUGUGUCCAGUUUUUACUCCUCCGGAAAAUGUUCCUGCUAUUGACUAUAUGGUCCAUAUUCAUACACAAUCUACUGGAGUGCUAAAUGAUACAAAAUUAUUUCCAUCAAGAAAUGAUAUUUCCAAAAAGUCAAUGAAGGAAAUUAGGAUUUUAUGUAGAAGAAUUUACAGAAUAUUUGCAUUCUCGUACUAUGUACAUCAAGAACAAUUUGCUGCCUUUGAAAAGAAGACUCAUUUGGCUGAACGAUUCCAAAGAUUCCUCAAAAAGUAUGAAAUGAUGAGUUCAAAAGACUUUUUAAUUCCUGAUGAAGCUUUCAAAUAACUCAUUCAAAUAGAAUAUACAGAAAACUAUGGAAAAUGGUUCUCAACACUCUUUGAAACAUAUUGUAUUAUAAAAUUAAGAUUUCAUUCUC